AAACGUUGGAGUCGAAGGAAACAGAAAGAUAUUGGUGAGUACGGUCCAUUCUUUCAUCUACAAUAGCUUCCCUAGCUGUUCACCAAAAUAAGGGAGAGCACUGUUUACGCCUUUUUUCCAUUUGGUUUAUACCAAACUGAGUUAAACAAUGUCUGUAGCUGAAAGAAAUCAGUUUAAAAGAGACUUUAAAAUUAUAUGGAAUCUUCAAUCUCCUGUUUCUCCAGCUUUUUCAAAAAAAUGACUUUGCUCUCUGAUACGAAUCAAGACUCAAAUUACAUUGGUACAACACAACUUUUUUUAGACAUUUAUUUUACUAGGAAUUCUCAUCCCCAUUGUACGGCUUUCUUGAUUCAUAAUAAGCAUGCUAAGUCUAGGAAACAUUUCCAAAAUGAUCAGGACUUAUAUUUUCAGUUCUCUCACUCAUGUAAAUGUGUAGGUGUGAUAAUCCUAGAAUACGUGUAUAGCCACGUUUAUUUAUUAUAAUGAAGAUAUCAUUCCAUGUACCAACUCAUGACACUCCUUAACAAAAGCACUUUCCACCUUUAAAAAGUAGGAAACUGUGAAUGUAUUUACUCUUCCAAAGUGCUAUAUAAAUAAUAAUCAGCUAAAAAUCUAUGAGGUAUGUAGCUGUCGUAAUCUAUCAACUACACUCUGAGUUUGCUUAUUAAGUAGGUUUCGCGACAGUAGCCUGUGUGGAGAAAGGUUUGGUGCGUUUGUAUAGAAUUUUCAUGAGGAAAAAAAUGCGUUUGCUCUUUGGGGACUCAACCUCAGAACUUCCGAACUUGCGAUAUGAUGCUAUACCUCUUACGUUCACAGAACUUUCCGGUGUAGACUCGAUCACGAGAUCGAAAGUUUGUGAUUCGAAUUCCGUUCAGGGAACCUAAACCUUUUUACCCCUACCACAACCCAUUACAAUAUGUUCGAAUUCUUUUUCACUAUGACGAUCAACUUCAUAAUGUAUUUUAGAAUGUCAAAAAGUAGCUGAAUCUUUCAAAAAUGAGCACGUGUAUCAGUCCUUUCCGUUUCCUUUAAUCCAAGUGGAGAAGCAUGAGGCGCGCGCGGAUAGUGGGGCGAUUUUAUCUUUUGACUCGCUUUAGCCUUCCAGCGUGCGAUUUCUGCCUUGUUGAAAGGAAACGGGAAAAUCGCCACGAGGGCUGACGGAAAUCGAUUCGUUAUGGCUAUUGUACCUUAGAAUUUUUACAAUUUUCAAUUGUCUAUUCUUUAUCCUGAUAGACAUGAUGACCUCAGCUGUGAUCGGUUGCCUUGUGGCCGUGGCUUUCUUUGCUGUGGUGGAUUCCAGGGCUCUUAGCUCACUGGAAAUAAACGCAAAUCAACAAAACCCAGCCCAGGCUGCACAGCAAGUCAGUGUUCAGAGCCAAUCAGAUGAAGUGAAACAGGAUAAGGCCAGCAAAGGUAUAACUUUACUUUCGAAUUAUUUUCAAGACAGUCAAUCUAUAAGCGUUCCAGUUAAUCAGUUAAUUUUGUUUUUGUUUUUGCUUUUUAGAACAGCCAAGUGUCUACUACCCCGGCUAUGGACAUUUCGGAUACCCCUGGCAAUAUGGAAAUUAUCCCUACGGCUACCCCCACUACCCCUACCCAUAUCAACACCCCCAUGUACCCGUCACUGCGCCUGUAGUAGUACACCCAGCUUUACAUCCAGCAGUGCACCAGGCCCCCGCUACUGUUCACUAUCCAUACCCCUACAAUUACCCCUACCCUUACCACUACCCCUACGGAUACAACUACUGGAAUUACAACUGCGGAUACCCCGGCUGUACGACCCAUGUUGAGCCCAAGGAAAACAAACCUGCAGAAGAAUCCAAAGAGGGUAAUGAAGACAACGAAGACAAAAAGAGUACCGUCAGUAACUGA